AGCGGGAAAAGCUCUCGACGGAGAGUUUGAUCGCAAACUACUUUUCUAGAGAAAAAGAAUUGAGCUCCAAAUAUGAAAAGACUGUUGAGAAUCUUUCAUGCCAAUUAUCUCUCGUUUGUACGUCCAAGGAUGAAGCUACCAACAAAUACGAGGCAAUCGAAAAAUCACUUCGAGAUUACGAGAUCAAAAACGUAAAAUUGGAGGCAGAGAUUGAAAAGCUAAAAUCCGAAAAUCAGCGUUUGCUCCAGGCAUCUUUGCAGGUAAAAGAAACGAUCCCCAACCUCAAAAAAGGUUGUCUUCAACAAGAACCAUCAAAAAUACCUGAACUGCACCAAUCUCGGCCUUUAGAACACUUGGUUGGGCAAUCGCAUGAAGCUCAAGAUAAAGAUACCUCUACGCAUCUGAAAAGACCGCCACAAUUAAUAUUUUCUUCAUCAGAAGAAGAGGAAGACCCUGAUAAGGUCGCCUUAUUUGCACAAAACAAAAGUCCUCAAAUUAGAAAGGGUCACAAGGUUUCCAGAUGCCGCUUAUACUCGCCAAAGAAGACCAUACAGAGGCAAAGGAAAAGUGUAAAAAUUGCAUCUCCAAAUGAAACCGACCCCACACCCCCAAGAGUUUCCAUACCAGCUCAACAUAUUCUGGGGCCUCCUGAUUCCAAUAUCCAAAAGAAGCAACAGAAUUCUCCAACGAAAAAGCAUAAAAAUUCUGGCCAGGAUACAGAUCAAAAAAUGGAACAAACAAACGAACAGGCUGGCGAAGCACGGGGCCAAACAAAGGUCCAAUCCAAAUUACCCAUCCCAGAUCCUCUGGAUGUUCCUUUGAAGAAUACUAGCAUCGCUGAUAAAAGAAAAGCUCAACGGGCUGCCACGAACCCCACUUCUAUCAGUUCAACUAACGAACCGUGUUCUUCCCUAUUGAAAAAGUCAACCUUCAGGCCGUUGGGACCCAAAUUGGCAUCUUCAAUCCUAUCUGAAGAGAAUAGUUCAUUUUUGUCAAACCUUUCCCUGUCUUCAGCUAGUUCGGAAGACUCCUUCUCGUUCAGUCGGCAAAAGCAUCCGGCUGCUCUUUCAAUUGCCCCAAAGGUUCGUUCCAUUUGCUUAACGCUUUAG